AUGUUGAACUGUGUUAAUCUGCUGACAAUAAUUCUUAUAAAUCUCAUUAAUAAUGUGAAUCCUAUUUUCAUAAUAAAAGACGCACUUUAAAAGUAGGUUUAAUUAAGUUUGUUGAUUUACCAUUAUCUUAGCUUUAGCUUAAAAAACGCAAUGUUUCCAAGAUUCAAAUGGAAGUAAAUGUUACUAUUUUAUGUCUAAAAUACAUGCGUUGAUUAAACUUAUUUAGCUCUAGAAAUGAAAACAUUUUUUAACCGAAAUCAGAGACUUAAGAAAUGUACAGUUAAUAAUAUUCUUAAUGGAUACUAGAUAAUUGAUAAUUAUACUGUUAAAGACUAAUGUUAAAUAAACAAUCCAUUCUAGGAAUGCCAAUGA